AUAGAAAAACAGUGAGUGUAUGUACUCAUAUAUAUAACGCAUAGAUUUGGCGUAGCUUAUGCUGUCUCAGUACUAAGGUUACAGUGUUUUUCACUCCCUCUGCUUCACAGCUUUCCCUCCAGAUCUGAUCCCAACAACCAGAGUGUAGGGUUAUCUAAGAAGAAGUUGGAGAACAUGGGUCGUGGAGUUAGCAGUGGUGGGGGACAGAGUUCUUUGGGCUAUCUUUUCGGGAGUGGGGAGGCUCCAAAACCGGCCGCAAACAACACCCAAGCUGCACCAAUUCCAAACGAAGGGAGGGUUGUGACUAAUGAGCCUGCUUCCAAACCUACUGCUCCUCCUCCUGCUCCUGAGCCAGUAGAUAUCACCAAGCAGAUUCCUGCUGGCAUCCACAGUACUUCUUCAAACAACUACAUGCGUGCAGAUGGCCAGAACACUGGAAACUUCAUUACGGAUCGACCCUCGACUAAGGUCCACUCUGCCCCAGGUGGUGGUUCUUCUCUGGAUUACCUCUUUGGUGGACCAGGUGGCAACUGAGACAUGCCUUCGCAUUGUUGAAUUUUGUGGAACCUCUAUUUUGGAUGAGGCAAUGCCUUCCAUCCUUUAUAUAAACAAUUAUGACUUUUAUGGAUUCUGUGAUGUAAUAUAGGUGUUGUGGUUGUUGGGAUCAUUCAAUCAAAGAGUGCUCUUUUUCAGAUGCAUAAACCAUCUGAUACAGAUUUCCUUGUCAUGGACAAAGCAGCAUUUCCCUAGUGCAUAUUUGGUGUUUUCUCUGUUA